AUGUCUGUGAUAAUAGUAGAGAACAAAGAUAAAGUAAUCGCUAAACUAUCGGAAAUAAUCGAAGAAACUGCCAGAAUUAGCAUACAAAAACGAGGAAAAUUUUUAGUCGGUUUUUCUGGUGGUUCGUUAGCGACAUUCCUUGCCACCGGUUUGCCUAAAAUCCAAACAGAUUUUUCCAAAUGGACAAUAUUUUUCUGCGACGAACGAGUAGUGCCUGUUAACAAUCCUGACUCAACUUUCGGCCUCUACAAGAAGACUUUAAUAGACUCCGGCGCGGUACCCCUCAAGGAUGAACAAUUCGUUCAAAUCGAACAAGGCGUUCCCGCCGAUGUGGCAGCUCGGGCUUACGAAAACAAAGUCAGGGAGCAUUUUCCUAAGGCGAACACGCCGAGGUUUGAUCUAUUACUGCUCGGUAUGGGCCCCGAUGGGCAUACUUGUUCCCUGUUCCCAGGGCACAGUUUGUUAGAAGAAAAAUCUAAAUGGUUUGCGCCUAUUACUGACUCGCCCAAACCGCCCCCGAGCCGUGUAACAAUGACCUAUCCCGUGGUUAAUAACGCAGAUGUUUGCGUAUUCGCUGCAGCUGGAAAGGAAAAGGCCGAUAUGAUUAAGCGAAUUCUGGUUGAUAAAGAGGAUCUGCCUGCUACAAGAGUCCGACCAGUUUCUGGGGACCUUUACUGGAUAAUCGACAACGAUGCCGGGCAGUUUUUGAACACUCAAACUUCUGUAUAA